AUGGCCUGCAGGGAUGGCUCCGCUCAGGUGCCCUCCCCCUCCCUGGCCCGUCAAGCCACCCCUGGUCCCGAGCCGGCGCCUCUGCACGCCCCAGUCACCGUGGCCCUUAUUGAGAUCGGCUCCGUUCCCGGGCUGGCCUGCAGCCCGUACGCUUCCCGGACCCAUAGGGGCCGCCAAGUAACAGACCCACAAGUCCUGCACAAGUUUGAAGCGCUCUUGAAGGAAAUCAAAGAUGUUCUUCAGGACAUGAUGGGUCCCGAAGGCCACGUGGCUGACGCCCAGGAGACGAGUAUCUCCAAGGACGUGUCAGAACUCAAGGAAAGGAUCCGAGGACUCGACAAGAUGAAUAAAUUGCUGCUCAAAAACUUGGUUGUCGCUUUGCACCCAGAGAAGGACCAUGUGGCAAAGCAGCGGCGGACGCUGGUAGAGCCCCAGGUCGCGGUGGACACAGCACAGGUUCCUGGACCGGCGGCACCGCAGGUGGAAGAAGCAGGGCCCGCGGGGGAGAUGCCAGGCCACACGGAGCAGGGGGGCAACCGUCCACUUCCCGCUCCCGAGGAGGCCGCCACGCUCCGGCGCAGCAUGGAGCAGCUGCUGCGGGAGGCUGAGCACUGGAGCCAGCAGCAGACCGAGCUCAGCCAGCUCAUCAGGUCCUGUCAGGUGGCUCAGAAGGACCUCAGGGAUGCGGUGGAGAACGACGGGGGCGACGCGCAGAGCCAGGCCGGCAAGCUGGUGGCCGCCACGUGGGAGCUGGAGCAGCAGGUGGACAAGCUGACCCGCGACACCCGCUCGCUGCACCUCGUGGCAGCCCUGCUGGAGAAUGAGUGCGGCAUCUUGGAGCGGAGGCUGGAGCUCCUGCGAGAGCCCCACCUGCCCCCGAGCCGGGCCCUGCCCCACAGGCCCCUUCUCAUCACCUUGCACCGGGCGGCGCAGAGCAGCGGGUCGUCGGAGGCCGAGAGGCUGCCGGCUUCCAGGCCCUUUCAGCGAAAGGCCCGGUCCUACCGGAGCCUGGACGUGUGUCUCAGUAAGAAGGCCCGCAACAACCGCUUCAACAGCCGCAUCGCCAGGGCUCUGAUGGGAAGGAAGCCAACGCCCAGCAACUCCAGGUAG